AAGCUCGCUCAUUCCAAGCUCGCUCACCCUCUCCAUCUCUCUCUCUCUCUCUCUCUCUCUCUCUCUCUCUCUCUAGCCUUCGGUGGUUUUGCGGCGCUAAGUGGGGAAUCCCCGGUUCAGGAAAGCCAAGCGAGAAGUGGGUUUGCUUCGGUUUCUGGCGGCGGUGAUCGGACGUGCGCGGAGAUGAGCUGCAACGGCUGCCGGGUCCUUCGAAAGGGUUGCAGCGAGAGCUGCGUGCUGAGGUCGUGCCUGCGGUGGAUCCCCUCCCCCGAGGCCCAGGGCAACGCCACCCUCUUCCUCGCCCGCUUCUUCGGCCGCAGCGACCUCCUCUCCCUCGUCGCCGCCGUCCCCGAUUCUCAACGCCCCGCUCUGUUUCAAAGCCUGCUGUUCGAGGCGUGCGGGCGCACGGUGAACCCGGUCGGCGGGGCGGUGGGGCUGCUCUCCAGCGGCAACUGGCACGUGUGCGAGGCGGCGGUCGAGACGGUGCUCGACGGCGGCGUCGUCCAGGCCCUCUGCGGCGGCGCCGCCACCCUGGCCUUCGGGCUCGACCAAUCCGCCGACUCGCCCUUCUUCCCGCCGAGCACGUGCAGGGGGCAGAGCCUGCAGCAGUCCCUGCAGGUGCCGGCGUCGAUCCAGGUGGACGUCAACCUCGCCCUCCCCCUCUACGACCCGGACCUCAGCUUCAAGGAGAAGCUGCCCGGGAAGAGACGCGGCAAGAGGAGCCACGUGACAAAUAAUUGGCCCACCCGGACGACCACGACGACCACGGCGGCGGCGACCACCCGCCUGAGCUCCGAGGCGUCGGAGGUGAUCGACCCCCCGAGCGGCUACGAUCACGGCGGCGUGGGCCCCGGCGGUCAAGAGACGAAGCUCCUGAACCUGUUCGUAUGAGAGCGGAGGCAUUUGAUUUUCGGGGGCGAUUUUUCCUUUUUUUCUUUCUUUCUUUCUUUCUUUUGUGGGGGAGGGAUAAACCGGCGGUGUAGAAGUGAAGUAAAUGAAGGAGGGACGAUCGACCGGCCGGAAUUUUGCUCCGGCGGUUUUUUUCGUUUAAUGGUAUGUAGAGACCCUUUAGAUAAAACCGAAAGUACUCUAAAAAUAGAGAAUCUUACAUGUAAUGCCUUUUUUUUUAUAUAUUAAUGUCAGAUGAUUUCGUACCUA